AAAUUAGCGCUUCGACUGAGGAUUUUUCCAUCCUGUCAAGGUCCACAGACUCCCUGAAUAAGGCGAAAGUGACACAACGAACUUCCAUCAUGGAAAAUUGUGACGUUCCUGUCCAUCUGGAAGAUCAUUCCUACUGGAGGAAGAGGAGACUCUCUGCACGCCAGGCAAACCGAGCAGGGAAGAGUGGAGACCACAGCAAGUGUCUGUGCUGCAGCACUGACCAGGUUCUGAAUGUAACCUCCGGGCCUCAGCACUCUGCAUCCACUGCCAACCUCUCCCGCAAGAGGAAACGAAGCUCUGCUCCUCUUCCUUCCAAACCUUCUACUGAACAUCGUGUGACCGUCAAUUUGGUCCCAAGCCUUCAGUCCACGAUCCCACCUGCUGACCUGCCAGGGAUAUCAAAUGUGCCUCCCAGCCCCCAGCCCUCCAGUGCUGAUAAGCAGCUGAGCUCAGCUGGUGUAAACCGUGAUGCUCCACUGAAAAUACACAACUGCUCAGUGGAAGAAUACCAGCAACUAUACCAUGGAGUGGUAGAUGAUAUGCUGAGAUACAAGAGUGGCAGGGUUCGUCCGUACAGUUUAAAGCUGGGACGACGUAUCAAGCAGAAGCUGUGGGACAGACUGGAUCGUCCCACGUUUACGUCAUCAGCCAAUGAAGACGGACUGGUGCACGUGGACGUAUCAUACGGGGUUGGAGUGUAUCCUCCCCUGUAUAAUGUUGAUACUUCUGGAGAACCAAGCCCUGAACAGCCACCAAACAAGAGAGCAAAAACCUCCAACUAA